UGCAAAAUUAUUUCGGAAAGAUCAGAGGACACAAAAAUCAUAAUUUUCGCUUGCUCAAGCUACAACUUACAAAUCAGCUCCAGAUCAAUUAUGCAAAUUAAAAAUAUGGUAAUUUUGGAUCAGAAAUAGAAAUCAAGAUGGUCGUCAGUAGAGUAAAGUUCUUGGUAUCUGUAAUUUGUUAUGGAAGACAGUGACUGUAAUCGGCGUGAUUCGGCAAUUUCUACGGGGAUGGUAUCAUUAUCGGAAUUAUCGUGACUCUAAGAGAAUCUUACAUGGAUGUUUUAGGAGAAAGUGAAGCGAUUCAACAAAUUUUAAAUCAAGGGAUAGAUUUGGAUCAGCUUGAAAAUCUUCUUGCAGAACCUGAUGCUAGUUUAUUGUUGUCAGAUUUGAACAACGAUGGGUCACUUAGGGGCCCCGCCCUGGUUGGGGGCGGGGGCGACCAGAUCCCCAUCUUCAACCCCAAAUCCCAACCCCAGCAUAUAGGAGGCCUUCUGAACUUUGACAACCUGGGGUUCACCGAUGAGGAGAACCCUCUUGGCUUGGGACUAUCUGUCCCUCUCAGUCACCUGCCAGACUCGCCUCCAGACUCCAGCUCCGAGCCGUACUCACCUCCAGACGCCAUGCAAGACCCUCACCUCGCCUACCAGCUGGGCCUCAAUAUGGGUGUGGCCCCCCAGCAGGGCAUGGCCCAGCAGCAGCCCAUCAAUCACAACUCAGAUCUCCCGUUGCCAAACAGAACCCUACUCACCGCCGGCGUCGGUCACCAGCGCCAGCACUCCCUUCCUGUAUCCAUCCCGAUGGUGACCCGUACCCACAACCCACAGCCAACCACAGUGCCGGUGGUACCAGUACAGCAGAACAACCUCCCGGUACCCUCAGGAGCAGUGCUGCAGGGGUCGGUGCCAUUGUGCAACCAGGCGCAGGUGGCAAGCUCAGGGGGGAUAUCCUCGGUGUCGGCCAACGUGCCGCCACAGUCGGUUCCUCAGCAAUUCAUGAACUUUCUUGCAAACUCAACCGUUGCACCGCCAACUAGUCUAUCACAGGUUCCGAUGACGGAAACGAUAAAUAACGCGCUCACAAGAAAAGAAAGCUUUAUUGGACAUGUGCCUAAGAAGAGGAAACAUUCUCUAUCACCAAACAACACCGUGAACCAGAACAUGCUCAAUAAACUCAUGCAAGUCAAACAGGAACCUGUUGAUCAAAUCUCAUGCCCUCACUCCAUAGACGGUGACUACAAUGUGAAUCCAAACAUGGACUGCGAAUACGGAAUGUACGACCAGCCCUCCGGCGACGGGAUGCCGUACACAGACACCGUCUACCAAUUCUUGAAGUGGCAACCGUACCAGUCUAAUAAAUGGCACACACUCUUGGAUGCAAAUGGGCAGGAAUUACCCAUCUUGAACUACAAAGUAGAGGCGGAUAAAGGCUUCAAUGUCUCAGCGUCCGAUGAUUCCUUCGUUUGUCAAAAGAAGAACCACUUCCAGAUUACGGCACAUCUAUGCAUCAGCGGCAUUCCUCAGUUGGUCCAGACCGAGUCCGGUACCAAGGCUGUCGACAGUAUCUGCAUUCAUAUCAACGGCAUCAAGGUGGAAGCCAUGAACUCUUAUAUCAGAGUGGAACAGUCCCAGGCGGAUCGGAGCAAGAAACCGUUCGUACCUGCCAAACUUGACAUCCAUCCGGACAACGUCGUGAAGGUCACCAUAGGGCGUCUUCACUUCAGCGAGACCACAUCCAAUAACAUGCGCAAGAAGGGGAAGCCCAAUCCAGACCAGCGCUACUUCAUGCUGGUGAUCUCCAUCCACGCACACUGCGGGCGUGAGAAGUACCUUGUGGCGUCGCAGGUCUCAGAGAGGAUAAUUGUCAGGGCCUCGAACCCAGGACAGUUUGAGAGUGAUUCUGAUGUCAUUUGGCAGAAGGGCUCCAACCAAGACACUAUUUUCCAUUCUGGAAAAGUCGGAAUAAACACAGAGAGACCCGACGAGGCGCUGGUCGUCUAUGGCAACCUGAAGGUCACAGGUCAUGUGAUGCAGCCGUCGGAUAAGAGAGCUAAGAAGGACUUCCAAGAGCUGGAUCCUAGGGAACAGCUCUCGAACAUCAACAAGAUGCGCGUGAUGCGCUACAAGUACAUCCCUCAGUUCGCCGAGCAGGCCGGCCUUCCCGAAUGCGACCAGGUCGAGACCGGCGUGAUCGCCCAGGAAGUGAUGGACAUCCUACCGGACGCUGUCAAGAAGACGGGAACGGUCAACCUGCCCGGCGGGGCCAAGAUCGAGCACUUCCUGGUGGUCAACAAGGACCGGAUCUACAUGGAGAACGUCGGAGCGGUCAAGGAGCUGGUCAGGGUGACCGAUAAUUUGGAGACGAGGAUCGACGAGCUGGAGAAGAUGAAUCAGAAGCUGUCCAAGCUGAAGAGAGUGGACAGUCUCAAAUCAAACACCAGUAUUGGAACACUAAGCCGUGAUGGCAGCAAGAAAUCGGCCGGCGCCAAAUCGGGCAAGCCUCGUCGCGAUCGGAAUGGCAGCAUCAGCAGCACCAAGAAGGGCAAAGAUCAACUGGGCAUCACCCCGUGUCUCUCGCCACGCUCCAUGCAGCUGCUUAUAGUGGCCCUCAUCCUCAUCAUGCUCUUCUGCUUUGCUGCCAUCGCAACUCUCUACAUAAUGGAAACUAACGACGAUCCAGCCACAAUGCUGUCUAAGGCCCCAACAAUGAUCAACAUGACGACACAAGGUCUCAAGACUUCCACAGUUCUCACCACUACGCUUGAGAUGUCCAAAGUGCCUACAGCUGCUCCAGUGUAUUGCUGCAAUCCUGUUGCAGAGGUGACCAUCUUACCCCCGCUCAUAGCCAACAUAGCAGCUCUCAAUUCAACAUUCCAUCCACAAGCUCCGCCCGUUCUGGCCACCCCUCCCGCACAGGGCGUGCCCCUGAGCACCACCGUCACGGUCCCAUCUGGACCUGUCAUCGAACCUGUAGCCCCGCCCGUUGAUGUACCCGAUGGCAUGCCUAUGAACGGCAGCACUGGGACGGGGGAGAUGGGGUCGGUCAACAUGCAGACAAGGAGGAAACGGUCAGUGCCACGCAGGAAGAAGAGGAUGACAACUAUAGGUAUCGACGUGAAUUUCAUCCAAAUCGACAGGAAGAAGACGAUCUGCCCAGAGCAAUGUGCUUCAGAGACCGACUGUGGCGAAUCCUGCAUUGCCACUGCGAAUGGAAACUUCACCUACGACAUUUCAGUCGGUGCUCACUUCCCAGUACGUUUCACAGAGCUCUAUCUGAAUACGAGUGAGGAGUCUAUGAUGGUCCUCUGUUCAUGGACCGCUGCAUCUAUGUGCACAGAGCCAAUAGAGACCUUUGAGGCGUCUUCACAGCCAGUCAAAUCUGCAAUGGUCAGUGUUCAGAGUCUUGUGCACGUUUGGCAGCUACCGGUUGGAGCAUAUCAGAGCAGUCUUUACGUGUUUCGUAUCGCGCCUGCUAUGAUUCAGGAUACAUCCUCCAUCUGCAGACUUGAGAACCAAUACCUGGGAGAAGAAUAUCUGGAGUAUCGAUUCAACUUCACACGUGAUCUGUCUCUCUGUUCUGCUUAGAAUCGAGACGAAACAUGUCCGCAGUUUCUGUACCGGUCAAACGAUCCCACAGAAAAUUUGGUGGAAUCCUUUCAGGCGGUUUUAUUCUUUAAAAGGGUUAAACUUUAGAGAUGAUAUUUUUGGAAAUGAUUGGAAGAUGGGUGUAGAAUUUGUGAUAUCUGUAAAACACAUGGUACUGGUCACUAUAUCCUUUCAAGUGAUAUUAAAAAAAUGGGUAAACUUCAGAGAUGAUAUAUUUUUGGAAAUGAUUGGAAGAUGGGUUUAGAAUUUGUGAUAUCUGUAAAACACAUAGUACUGGUCAGUCGAUCCUUUCAAGUGAUAUUAAAAAAUGGGUAAACUUCAGAGAUGAUAUAUUUUUGGAAAUGAUUGGAAGAUGGGUCAGAAUUGAUGAUGUCCGUAAAUCACACAGUACUGGUCAGUCGAUCGCAAUCUUACUUCAAUCAUUUUCUAAUCGAGAAAAUGUUGAAGUAGUGGGGCAAUAAGCUGUGAAAAGUGUUGCAAGCUGCAUUGGAUCAGUGACGUUCUGCUUUCAAAUGGUUAAAGAAAAAAGAAAGGGGCAGAUUGUCUCGAAAAUUUCUCAGAAAUGUACACUCAUGGAAGUCUAUAUUCACCUUUUGUCGAAAAAGUUCCAUGAGCAAAUUGUGAAAUUUUAUGAUCAGUGAUUGCCUUUUGUAAAUAGAUAUAUCAUGUACACCAUAUACAAGUACUUGUAAGUUUUUUGAAAAUAGAAAAACAAUUAAUAUUAGAUCUCUUACAAUGCAGUACUUCUUCUUUGUAUAUUUCUUCAAGAUUUUAUAAUGGGCUAGCCAUUUCCAAAUUGUAUAUUUUUUAUUAAGAGAAAAAUAGUUAUAUCUUGCUUUGGUUUGAGUGAUAAUGCAACGUACAAGCCUUGCAUUAGUGGAGGAUAAUUGAGAUAGCAAAAAUUUGGUUUCUUUUGGAAUAGAUCUCCCUUACAUGGGUGGUGUAAAUGAUUUUACCGUCUUGUCAUCAUGCACAACAUUCAUUGUACUUUCCAACUUGGGAAUAUAAAAGUAGUUGUGUUUGUUACAGGGAUGUAUGCUAUUAACAUGUAUACUAUUAACCAAAUGACAUUCAUAUUAUUUUGGGAAUGAUGUAUCAAAUAUCGCUCUCACAAAAUAAAAGUAAUUGUGAUUGUAACAACGUUAAAAGCACUAAAAAAAUAGUAAUUAUUUUUUGGGGGACAUUGUUUUGAAUUGAGAUAGGGAGUAAAGGUGAGCACAACAUAAAAUAUGUAUAUCAAAGUCAUAAUUUUCAAGUUUUUUUUCUUCAGGAAUCAGCAGUACUAGUGUCAUCUAUGUGAAGUACUCAAUCUUUUUUUUUUGUACUUCUGGUAUCUGUAAAAAUAUUGGAGAAAUCUACUUAAGAACAUGAAUAUGUAAUGAAUCUUCUUUUUUGAAGAAGAGGAAUGUUGUUCUAGAGUUUGAGUCUGAUUACUGAGCUGCUCUUAUGACAUUAGGCAGUUGCACAUUCCAAAUUGAAAUACAUGUCUUUCAAUGAUGUAUCACACCGUUAAUUGAAAAUGUUUAUAAUUUUGCAAUUAGAACUUCUGUGACCAAAUAUGUCAAAAUGUGAUAUAUCAGUAUCUGAGGCCUUGUCAUAUCAAAAUAAGAACAAAUGAAAAGAAAGAGUUCCUUCAUCCAAUGCUUUUAUAAUUUAACUCUCCCAAGUCGAUAAUGAAAAAUGCAGUUGGUCGUUCCUUUGUAACUUUAAACUAAUUGCCCAAUUUUCAAGCUUUUUAGCGAUUCAAGUCGGUAGCUCUAUGGAAAACAGCCAUACAGAUACAAAAAAGGAAAAAAAAGAAGAAGGAACAAAAAUGCCUUAUUUUUGUAGAAGCCCUUUGGACUUUCACAUUGCUGGACAGGGAGUUGUUAGAAACAAUAACAAGACAAAUAACUUGAUUGACAAAAGACUUAUUGAAUGUGUGAUUUUUAUACCAUUUUUAAUGGCUUCAUUCUAAAUUUUUAUCCGAAAUUGAAUGUAUAUAUUGAAUAUUUUGCUACACCUUUGUAUAAUCAUUAUAUACACAUGUAUGAAUUUUUUGAGGUACUGUAUAAGCUGUGAUUUUCCCUGGGGUCUAUUUUCGUGAAUUUCGCCAAUCACUUGUUGAUUGCGAAUUUAACAACUUGCGGAAUUGUUUCUAGCAAGUAAUGUUGCAUGUCAAAAUCACUAAUACUUGUAUUAGCCCCGCUGCAUUUCGCAUACGGUGUCUACAUACUAUAGCAUGAACCAUAUCACCGGGUCUGUGGCCCAGAUGAGCCCACUCUGAUCCUAAUGGGUACUUCAAUUGAUUAUUUUCAUUUAAGAUCCACGGUAAUGGAAUGAUGAUCAUUGAGAAGUAUAUCAUUAGUAGAGAUUAUUGUUUCAAGCGAAUUUGAAAACUCGUGAGUUUGUCCUAAGACCUUUGAUCUGCGAAAAAAUCUUUACAUGAAAAUAUUGGCUUAUACUGGUAACUGUUGUAUCCUCGUACUUAAACUUUUUUUUUUAGAUUGAGCGAUAUAUUUACAUUAUAUGUGUUACGUAGAGAUGUGGACGUAUUUUAAUCCUUUCAGGACUGGAUAUUUUUUAAAGGACCAAAUUGAUCACAUUCUCAUCUUAGUCAAUAUUUUAGUUCAAUAAUUAGUGCAUAAGGUCGGUAAUUCACUACUCGCAAGAUAUGAAAGCUUUAUAUCAAAUUCACCCGGAUUAUUCAAACUUUAACUUUAUACCUUUAUUUUAGAGAGAGAAUUAUCCUUAAAAUUGUUCUAUAUAUUCAUUUAUUUUCUGAUUUAUAAAAUGCAUUUAACAUGCAGUAUAUAUUUCCUAAAUAUAUUAUAUAAAGCAAUUAUAAAUAAUUUGUGUGUCGUACAUGUUAAAUCAUAAAUGUAUCAAUGUACUUUCUAAAAUCUUUAUAUUUGUACAUAAAAUUUUAAGAAAUUAGAUAACAAAGUGAUUUAUUGACAAGAUUUAAUAGCUAAAUCAGACUUUUUAUGAGAAAUUUGCUUGUAGGAAAUAAUCAAAGGCUGCAAAAUUGGGAAAUGAUGUGUACUUUUUACAAUCAUGCUUGGUGAAGGGUCUUUUAUUUCAAACGCGCAUAGGGUUCAUGUACUUUGUGAGGAUUUAUGUUUGAAAAAUCAUGGAAAAUAAUUGGCAUAGUUUUCUCACAUUCAUAAAAACAAACAUAUGUUUACAAGUCGAGUUGAAUUAGUGUACAUGACGUGAUUCAAUGAUCUCAGCUACCUGUAAGUUGUUUCUUCUUUAAAGAAUUAAUUAGUAAAGAAAUCACCUAAUUUGGUCCAUUUUGUCAUUAAUUCAGAGACAUUUCUCACAAGUAUAAACUUUUUGCUGAAUUGAGAUAUCUGUUAAAAUCUUUAAAGUUGUAAAAUGAGAGUUUUACAAUGUGGUAUGUUUAGCUCUCUCCUCAAGGGGAAGUAUUCUAUCUUUUGUAAACUUCUCACAAUUGUGUUUAUUGUGAUCACGUCCGUAAAAUAUUUGUUCAAACUUUAUAUCCCAUUCAUAUAAGAUAUAUAUGUUAACAUUCAUGUACUUAAAGAAACCAAAUAUUAAAAGGGAGAUGGUCGUCAGUUACCAUGUGCAGAAGGUAAUAAUUCGCUGACACCAGACUUAGUGGAAAUACCAUUGAUGAAUGUACAAGUCUGCACACAGCAAACCCGCAGUCCCAUCAAGAAAUACCCUUAGUCUCAGAGAGUCUUUGGGUGAGGGGAAUGGAAUAUAAUAAAUUUACCAUAUGGGGGAUAGGUGGAAAAAGAAGAGCAUUACAUAAGGCCUGUUUGUCAGAACACUGAAGGCUUAUCCUGGUGAUUGACAACACCUGUUAUUGGGUUAAUACCCGAUUGGUGUCGAAUUCCCCAUGAGAGCCCACUACUAUGCAUCUUAAACACCAAUUUUGGCCCUGGUUUCGCUGCAUAUGGCGUGUACCUGUUCUGUUCUUUGAAUCCCUUGUUUAUCUUACUUUGUUAGUCUGGUAAUUAAAAGAUAGGUUUUUAUUUUUUGACCCAUGCCUCCAUUAAACCAUCCCUUUGAUGUGAUAGCUGAA